UGUACUUCAGGAUAUUAUUUAUUGUAUUUUAGUUUUGCUGCAAGAUCAAUAGCCCACACAGGGCUUCUUAAUGUUUUAUAUUCAUACUUUAUUGCUAAACCAUGUUCCAUUUAUUUGCCUAAAAAUUUUAUUCUAAAACUUUGUAAAACCUUUCCUAUCGUCAUGUUAAAAUCAAACCAGAUAAAAUAAAGGGCAUAAUUAAAAAAUAAAGUUUACGAAUAUCCACAUGCAUUUUGAAACCCUGUUUCCCGAGAAGGCGGAUAAUUGAAUAAGCGAUUACACCUCCGGGCGAUUACACCUCCGGGCGAUUACACCUCCGGACGAUUACACCUCCGGACGAUUACACCUCGAUUGUACUAUGGAUUUGUGUCCGACACCGAUUAUGACUUUUUAUGCACAUAUAAAAUAAUAUCUUCUUUUCUAGUUAAAGUUUUCCAUUUUGUGAUGUUCCUGACUUAUUUGGAAGAUUGUUGUCACUGACUACUAUAAACAUUGGCAAAACGUAGUUUUCGAAUGAUAAUAGUUGCGGACAAGGACAACUGAAGCAGUAUCCUUUAGAACAAACGGAAACAUCUUAGUCGUCGACAUUUCCUCAGUGUUACUUUAUCGAGAUGCAUUUUGUUUUAGUUUUCGACAGCUAAACAUGUACUCUGCAGAUGUUUCUUGUUUUCUACUACGAUUUUCAAUUGAUUUGGAUAGGAGCCGUGAAGGUGUUAAAAGCAUUGGAGGUGGGGAGGAAUUCCAGUAUGACACAACAGAACGUUGAAGCUUUUGUCAUGAUGAAAGUUAUAUUGCUGAGUUUGUUUUCUGUGACAUAUCACUUCAAUGCAGAAAUUCUUCGACUGCCCUGCAAAACGUUUGCAAACUUUAGCAUUGUGAAAGAGGGCAAGACAAUGAAACAACCAUUUCUCAGUUUGGAGGGAAUUGGUCCUGAGAGCUGCAUGUAUGAAUGCAUCAAACACCACAGAUGCCAGUCUAUUAACAUAAAUGUAAAUGAAAGCAUUUGUGAGUUUAAUGGAAAGGCAUGGGAUAGUGAGCUAUCCACGAGAUUCCUUUCAGACAGAGUUGGAUGGAGGUUUAUAUCUCCGACAAAAGAAAGGAUGCUAGGUGAAAAUUGUAAAAAACAUGGUGUGUUUUUUGAAGAAAUGACUUGUGUUGACUCGUGCAGCUGCCCAGGAUUUGAAUACAAAAGACAUUGUGAUGUCAAAUACGAACCAGUUGGAUGUUACAUAUUCUAUGAUAAAUACUUUAACGGCUUGUUUCAAUUUAUACUCAUAACGGAAUUGGACACAUCAAUGAGAGUGUGGAACGGUCACACGAUUGACUGGAACAACUACGACAAACAGCUCUCAGAUAUUGUCUGUAGGUGCCUUACAUUGGCAGCAUCUAAAGGCUUCAAAGUUGGUGCAAUCGUUAACUCUGGAGAGUGCUGGACGGACCCUUACCCAUUCCUGAUCUACAAAAGAUUUGGAGAGAGCAAUGGCUGCCUAACCUCAAACUUCACUCGUUGUCAACCCAAUGAUCGAAUAUGUGCUGGGCAAGAUAGGUCCAUGUAUUUAUACAAAAUCCUUUGAUGUGAACAUGGUCUCUUACAGAUCAAAAUUCUGCCUUUGUUAUUCUUGUUAUUUCUAUUUAUUUGAAGAAGUCGCAAUUAUGCUAAUAUUGACUGGUCACUUAUGUUAAUAUUAUAUGAUAUGAUAUGUUAAUAUUAUAACUGACUAGUCAACAGUGUAGUCGAUCGACCACUUGUAUCAUCAAUUGUUAAAGCUAGGGCCACAGAGCAUACUACGAAUUUAGGGGGCUAAAACGUUUUUGGGGGGCUAAACAUGCUAAAAAACAAAGAGCAGGGUAAUUUUUGUAUGGGUUUAAGUACAUUUUUGUUAUUAUUGGGGGAGGGGAAUUAAGCCCCCGUAGCCCCCCGCUUUUGCGGUCCCUGCUUAGAUGAGAUGUCAAUCGUGAUAUAAAGAAUCAUUGAUGAAUUGUUCUUCUAGCUACUAUAUUAGAGGUCGUGGUCAGCAAAGAUUUCUGAAAUGUCCCGCAAAAAAUUACCUAAUUUCAUGAAAUUUCCCAAGGAUAAAUUUUUCUUAAAUUUAGGUUUGAUCCAAGAUGUUAUCUUGUCAGAAAAUUGUGGGCCUGAUCGCCACCCACCAUAAAUGCCACCCCCCAAAUGGUUUCUGUUUAUUUAGACAUUAGUUUAAAGUAUGC